AUGUUCCUGGAAAAAAUAAAUCAUGUAACGGGGGAACGAGAAUGGGAGGUUGCCGAAGAGGACCAUGAUCUGGCGCAAGAGAUUGCGAGGAGCAGAUUUGCUGAUAUGAUUCUGGAUUACAACAGAAAUGACAUGUUUCUGGCUGGUCUUCGUGCUGUAAUACUGGAGAAGAAAAAACAAGGAGUCAAAGCGCAUGUCAUGGACAUAGGAACUGGAACCGGAUUACUGUCCUUGAUGGCUGCUCGAGAAGGAGCUGAUAAAGUAACUGCCGUUGAAGUGUUCCAACCUAUGGCAGAUUGCGCCCGGUCGAUCGUCGAGGCGAGCGAAUGGCGCGAUAAGAUCGAGGUUAUACCAUCUCGCUCCACCGAGCUCUCUCCUUUAUCAUCGAAGCCGAACAUAAUUGUUGCUGAGGUGUUCGAUACGGAACUGAUUGGUGAAGGUGCACUGAGAACGUUCAAAGAGGCUCUCGUCAGUCAUGUGCAGCCGGGUUGUCGUGUAGUGCCGUCUCGUGGUCGAGUUUGGGUGCAGCCGGUUGAAAGUGCCUUUCUCUCCAAGUUCAAUCGAAUCCCUCGGUUUGAUUUCGAGUCGUCUGAGUCAAUCGUGUACGACGAAUCAUUCGAUCGAGCUGCACCCUGUAUAGAAUCCGGUCAAGUGGAUGCCAUCUUGAUGUGGUAA